AUGUCUACCGCAAUGACAUCGUUGCCGUACGCGGUUGCCUUUGGCACUUGUGUGUUUUUGUACUUCGUUGUAUACCCUGUUGUUGUUUACUUCCGCGACGUUAAUGGACUUCGUCGUUACCCAAACAUGCACCCACUAUCGGGCAUAUCAUGGGUGCCUUUCAUGAUUCUCGCGCAUUCUGGCGAACGGUCAACCUACCUCUCCAAACUCCACCAGAAGUACCCUGUCAUUCGCACCGGACCCAAUGCUCUCUCUUACGGUGACUUGCGUGCCAUCAAGGACAUCUACGGCCACAACACCCCUUGUACAAAGGACGGACAAUACGUUGUUGGUGCUGGAUCCCACUACCAUCUAGCCGAUGUAGUCGACAAGCACGACCACGCUCGCAAGAGGAAGACAUUGAGCUCGGCAUACGCCCUAAAGAACCUUGAAGGUUGGGAACACAAGGUCGCCGAUAAGACGUACAAGCUACUCAAGCAUCUGGAUUCGUGUUGCACUGCUCCACUGAAGCGCGGGGAGACAGUAAAGCCCGAAGAUGUCAACGUUGAUUUCCGAAAGUGGGCCAACUUCUUUACUCUCGAUGCUAUCGCCGACAUCGGUCUCUCCGAAAAGCUUGGUUUCCUUGAUCGCGGCCACGACCGAGUGACCGGACGACGCACUGAUGGCACCACAUACGAGUGCGAACUUCGACCUGCAUUGUACCAAACUGCCCGCAAGCAAUCUUUGCUCAUCUGGAACUACGAGUGGUACCCAUUCAUCGAUAAGAUCUCCAACCUCAUUCCGUUCUAUGGCCGUAUGGGCAAGCUCUCUAAACUCUGGGACGGCAUUCCUGUGGAACUCGCGCACCGCCGUCUGCAGAGGUACCGUGCUGGUGAGAAGCUCGAUGACUUUUUCCAAGCACUCAUGGAAGACAAGAAUGGGCACCCGAACAACCUCGAAUGGGGCGAGAUUGUGGCCGAGAUCAGCAUCAUGAUGAACGCCGGCUCUGCAACGACCGCCAUCGCCAUUACGAACAUCAUCUAUCAGCUCAUCAAGAAUCCUGAGGUUUUGAAGAAGGUCACAGAGGAGAUCGAUGCUGCGGUUGAAGAUGACGAGGGAGAGGAUGAGAGCGGAGUGAUCGCAUACGACAAAGUGAAGCAUCUCCCAUACUUGCGAGCGUGCUUGGACGAGUCCCUUCGCCUCUUCCCACCUACUCCUCACGGCUUGCCGCGCGAAACGCCCGCCGACGGUACAAAUAUCCUUGGCGACUACAUCCCCGGUGGCGUCACAGUCUCCAUGUCUGCGCUCGUGGCACACCGACAGGAAUCAGCCUUUCCGCAAGCCGACAAAUUUAUCCCUGAGAGAUUCCUGGGCGAGGAAGGUAAAGCACUCCAGCCGUACUUCCUUUCCUUCUCCGCGGGUGCCCGAGGAUGCAUCGGACGCAACAUCUCGUACCUGGAACAAGCUGUCGUCGUCGCGAGUCUGCUCCGAAGAUACAACUUUGCUUUGAGCAGUCCUGAUUGGCAGCUUCAGAGGCUCGAAACAAUGAACUGGAUAUUGGGUGACAUGCCAGUUAAGGUGUGGAGGAGAGAGCGGAAGUCGGCCUCGAGCGAGUGA